AUGGCUUGCGACGCUCGCUUAUCUGAGAAUAUGAACUACAUCCAGCAUUUGGACCUACUGCCGCCCGACUUAUUGCCUGGACAGCGGAGUAUCCAGGACGUCCACCUAGACGCUGAAGGCUGGGUGUCCUUGAACCUGCUGUACAACUUGGCCCAGCUCCACUUGAUCAAUGUGACACCAGAUCUCGUUCGCUCGGCCGUCUUAGAAAUCAGCACCAACUUUCAGUUAUCUCCUGACGGCCAUAAAUUUCGAUGGCGAGGCGGAUCCAAAGAUACCAAGUUCAGUAGCCACAGCUCUGGCUACAACUCGCAAGAAAUUCCUUCUGCCUAUGAUAUCGAUGGUUCGGAAAAGAAACGAGAGCGUCCGAAGACUAGCCGUUUCACUAGUAAUGAAUCCCAAUUCGGCGGCUUAAGUAAGGAUGCGCUUAACUUUGAUUCACAGCUUUGCGCUCGAGUUGAAAGUUUCCGCUACAAGCCACUGUUUGCUCAGCAGGAUUCGUCAGGUGGGCACACUUCACGGGGUGCGUCGGUUUGCUCGUCUAUAGCCGUGGACGACAAUAAUCCUGGCGGGUCGGGCUUGGGCUUGAAUUACUCCAGAGGGACGGCUGGCAAAUGGCAACACCACGAAGCUGAUCUAUCACCAACCACUCGCACGCCCUCGAGCGCCCAAAACCGAAAAGAUUCUCAGCAACUAUCAAACUUUGCUCGGUCUCCUCGACGAACAACAUCUGGGCCCUUCAUCAGCUACAGGCCGUUGACGGAUCGAUGCCAAGACCUGCGUCAGCAGAGUUCAGCCAUGGGCGAGGAUAACAAUGAAGUUCAGGGUCUGAUAAACGAUGACAGGGAACAAAGCAGCGAUAUCGAGCUGGAUUUGAUCUGGAACGACGCUCAGCAAGACAUGGGGCAGCAGCCCUUGGUACCCUGCGGACUUGGUGGUGUUCUCCCCGAUGAUCACUUUACGGUAGUUGUCGAUACGAAGCGGCCUAAGCAAGAUGUUCUCCCAUGGGCUUCCGAACUUCAGCCUGGGAGGUCGAAUGAAACCAUAGAAAGGAUCAUUCGUCGUCGGGCGGCGAUGUUAACUUCUUGUCCCGUUCCCGGCGGUUCAGAACCAAAAACAAUCGAAGCACCACCGCCUGUCGAGAUUGAGUAUCUGUCAUGGCGCAUGGAGAGACUGAUACCAGUUCCACUGCCAUCCCCUGCCAAUUUCUUUCCGCCGUUUAGCACCGAUAAUUCCACGUCCGACGAAGAUGACGAUCCAUCUAUAGAUGCAGAUAACGCUGGGUCGUCAGAGGAGCAUAUGGGCCGACGGACGAUUUCAUGUCAUUCCAGUAGCUACCCCAAUAGCGUCGAUGUUAGCACCGGCGUCGAUGCUGAUGAAGUUCCAGACGAAUUAUCUUGA